GAAUGGAAUUUGACCUACUAGGAGCUUCAGUCUUGACUCUUUAUGUCCGGUGAGAUUCUCGGAGAGGAGAGAAACGUUGGGAACUGGAACAGGCGGGCAGGUUUAAUGGCAAAGUUUGUAACGUUGUAUUACUGCGCAUUAAGGGUUACCAGGGAGAGAAUAUAGUGUAUAGUAUAGCACGUGGAGGACGUACGAAUACGCAUACUAUACGGGACGACUUUCUGAGAGGCUGCAUAACAGCGGUGCAUAUUCCGGUGGACUCGAGGGCACGAUGAUGAAAAGGGCUUAUCCAGUACGACCGGGGUUUGAGGGCGGACCGUGGACCCCACGAUAGAGGAGAGGGAGGGAAGAAUAGCCAAGGCCUCGAGCGUUCGCAAUUCGGCGACACAGCGCGCGUGCUGCUUUUGCGCGAAUAAUACAGAACGCGAGAGUAAUGUCCUCUAGCAGCGGCGCGGAGAAUGCGACGGGACCCACCGUCGUCGAGUCGAGCCUGCGGCGGCUGGAAAGUCUCAGGACCCACAGCGAAAGCCGGGCAGAUAGAUUGCGAACGUUCAUUCAUUCCGAUUCAUCGCCAGCCAUCGCCAUCGCCAUGACGAGCUCGCGAGAUGGAUCAUGGAGAUGUGGAUGGCCCUCGCCCCUCGCCCCUCUCGCUCGCGAUGGUUGCUGCUGCUGGCUGCUCUUCGCGGCCACAGACUCCACAGCCACAAGUGUCCUCUCCUACGUCCCUCCCUCGCUCCCUCCCUCCUCUCGAUCGCGCCGCUCCGACGACGUCCUUCGGGCGGCUCCCCGUGUUGACGUUGGCGCUGACUCUUUGACCGCUCCCCCUCGUUUCGCGCAAUUCGCCUACAAACGGCCUCCUGAUCCCGCCCCCCACUGCUCUUCCCCUUUCGGAUCUUGAUCUCGCGGAUCCUCUCUCUCUCUCUCUCUCUUAGACAACUUAUUCUGUGGCAUCGGCACGAAGUCGCCGGCUGUCUUCGGGCAUUCGCACUCGGGCUCGUUGCGGAUCAGACUCACUCUUCUGGAGGGACAUGCUGGUGCGAAUCUAGUGCUGUCAUCGGUGGAUUGAUUGCUCGCUUGCAGCGGUGGUGGUGGUCAGGCGAUUGGGUGCUCGAGCUGCAGUGUCGACGGAGGAGUUGGUUCUUGGGUUCUUUGGGUUCUUUCUGCACGCACGAACCAGCGCGCGGGCGGGCGAUUUCGGAGCUGAGUGAUCGGAGCGGCGAGAUUCGAAUUAGGGGACGGGAGAUGCAGGAGGGAGGAUCGGGCACGUAGAAGGCAGGCAGAGGGCCGAGGAAAAUUGAGAAUUGUCGGGGAGGGCGAGAGCAGGGAUCAGAAGAUGGGGAACGUCAUGGGGAAGAAGAAGCGGAAGGCUGCGGCGAUCGCCAAGGCCAAGGCCAAGGCGAACGAGCACGUGGUGGCGCUGACGUCGACGAGCUACUUGCAGAUCGAGCUGCCGCGGGAGAUCGUCGAGGACCUGGAGCGACCGCGCAAGGGGCCCGGCGGCUGGGGCGCAGGAAUCGCAGACCCCGCGCACGAGAUGUACGAGAAGCUGAAGAGCCUGGAUCAGCCGGCCGUCAUGGUGCCCAAGCCGUGGUCCGAAGUGGACCAAAUUCUGUCGAAGCUCAAGCCGCAAGCAUCCGCCGCGUCGCCGAAAACCCCGAGAUUCAUGUCGCCCUCCAUCAAGGCCAAGGAGAAGAUGGUGCUCGAGGCGCCGCCGUCGCCGCCCGCCUCCAUCAUCGACAUGGGCGAGCUGAUGGACGGCCUGGACGACGAGGCUCGCCGCAGCAUCUCGCUCUCCGGGCGCAACUACCGCGACGAGCUCAACAUCGACCCCAUGGAAUUCAUCAAGACCAAGCCUUUCAAUCCGCGCAAGGUCAAGAGCCUCGAGCACACGCUCUCCUUCUCCACCAUCCACACGGUGCGCGAGCUCGACGCCGGCCCGUCCAAGGCCGUUGUCCAGCCCGAGACCGUUGAGAACGUGCUGCGGCGCCGCGGCGCCUCGCCCGCCCGCCGCUCCAACGACAUGAGCUCGCCCGCUCGCCUCUCGCACGAGCUCUCGCGCCGCUCCAACGAGCUCACUCGCCGCUCCUCCGAGAUCCUGCGCCGCUCCACCGAAAUUCAGCGCCGCUCCAGCGAGUUCCAGCGCCGCUCCUCGGAGCAGCCUCGUCCUUUCUCCGAGAUCUCCUUCGCUCACGCUGACUCCCUGCGCAGUCUCGUGUCGGGCUAGUGUCGUCAGCCCCGGCCCGCAGUCCUGCGUUUUCUACAUCGCUUUCCAUCGACAGAAGGACGACUCCGGGAAAGGAUACCACCAUGUAAUAUAUAUCGAGUAGUUUUGUUCGGUCUCACCCAUGCAGUUGAAAAUUGGCAGCUGUGCGAGAAGAGAUGAGAAGAGAGAACCUGCAACACUUAAGGAAUAUCGGUGUCACCGAAACUGGUUUCACCACCGCGAGGCUUUAGGUAGUUAUAGAUUGCGCUUGUGAUGUAACAUGUACAAACCUGAGAAAAAGAUCCUGUGGAGUACUAACGCUGCUCAGACGGCCCACGUUCUCGAGCUCAGAAUUCUGUGAUUUGAAGAAGAUCGUUC